CUUGUGGCGCGGCGCGGCGAGGCGAGGCGAGGCGACCCACCCGCCGGGAGGCUUGAGCGCGGCUGGCUCACUGACACUCAAUGAAGCUGCAUGCCGUCGGGCUGUCAAUUAAGAAUUAAGGCCAACGUGGUGGUCAAUCAGGAAUCCGGGCUCCAUUGUGUGACGGUGCUCACUGAUUGGUCUCUGCAAGCUUUGAUUGCUCCCCAGCCCACCCCAAAGCCAGCCAGCCAGCCAGCCAGCCAGCCACCCCCCUUUAGUUGAGCGCAUCAAGUGAAAGGGAAACAUGGCCGGUUUAAUGGCAGGUUUUGGUUGUUACACCCACGCUAUCGUACGGGGAAUCCCCACGUCUCUGGCCAAAGAAUCGCUCCGGACCUGCCAGGCUGAGGUGGAUUUAUCCAAAGCGCAAAGGGAGCAUGAUGCUUACGUGCACAUCUUGAGGACCACGCUUGGGCUCGAGGUAGUGGUACUGCCCGCGGAGGAGACGCUGCCGGACUGCGUGUUCGUGGAAGAUGCAGCCGUGGUGUGCGGGGACACGGCGCUCAUCACCAGACCGGGUGCAGAGAGCAGGAGGAGAGAGACAGAGGCGAUGAAAGGUGCCCUGAAGGAUCUCAAUCUGAACAUUGUGGAAAUGACUGAUGAGAGUGCUACAUUGGAUGGAGGAGAUGUUCUCUUCACAGGUCGAGAGUUCUUUGUUGGCCUUUCCAAACGGACCAAUCAAAGAGGAGCCGAGAUCCUCGCUGAUGCCUUUAAGGAUUAUGCCGUGUCCACUGUGCCCGUGAUGGAAAAGCUCCACCUGAAGAGCCUCUGCAGCAUGGGGGGACCGGGCCUCAUUGUCAUCGGCUCCAGCGAACCUGCUCAGAAAAGCCUCAAAAUCAUGCAACAAAUGAGCGAUCAUCGUUACGACAAACUGACGGUGCCCGACGACCUGGCCGCCAACUGCAUCUACAUGAACCUGCCCGAUAAAGGACAGGUGCUUCUGCAUUGUACAGCAGAGGAAUAUCCAGAAAGUGUCAAGGUGUUUGACAAAUUGAAUGACUACAAGCUGUACCCCGUGCCCAACAGUGAGAAAGUCAAAGUGGACGGUGCGCUAACAUGCUGCUCCGUGCUCAUCGAUAAGAAGUCCAGCAACUAAACACAGUCUCUGUUGGGGAAACUCACUGGAUAAGCAGAUGUAGUGUGGAGAAGAAUAUGGGCAGAUCCAUUCUCUUGAUUUAUACAUGAACCUUCCUUUCAAUUUAUUGAUGAAUCAAAGAGUACCUAACAGAAUAUGUUUCAGGUUGUUGAAGUCGAGCCUCGACUAAGGUGCAACUAUUUUAGUCAUUGGCUUUCUUCAUGUUCAAAUCCAGUUAGUAUUAGGGAGGACUGAGAUACUAACUUUGCUCUAGUAAAUGACAGUUUGCGAGCGAUGUAUUUGACAAUUUGUACGUUAAAGGCCGACCCGUUUGCUCUGCGCUGCCUCUCGGCACGACUGCGAGCCGAGCCGAGCCGAGCUGAGGAAAUGACAUCAGGAGGUGCUGCUUGCGUAUGGGCAAGCAGGCAGUGAUGAAGCAUGGAAAGAAUUUGGUUUGUUCUGUUCAGAGGAAAGGCUUGCGACGCCAGUAAACACUAACUCAAAGUCUUCAGCUUCAUCUUCCUCUCCGUGCUGUUGACUCAGACAGCUUUAUGUUCCGAACGUGAUUCUGGUUCGAUCAAGUAGUCAUUGUCCCGGCAACAGCUGGCAAAAGGCCGGCCGGAUGAAAGCAUCAUAGCAGCGCGAGUCAUUUGCAAAUUGUGAGAGCAUUUGCCCAGUGGGGGAUCAACUUUUAUGGUCCUGGAUAAUUCGUUGGUCUGAAAUUGCUGUUCCGUACCUCCUCACUGUCAUAGCCUUUCUUUCCCUACUGAUUCAAAUCAAAGGCUUUUUGUUGUUGCUCUUUCUUUCCAUUGGUCACUGUACACAAUGAGGUAAUAACCAUUUCAUCUGUGGAUUUUUUUCAUUGUCUUUUCUUUUCUUUGGUGAUUCAUUUCACUGAAUUUACUGCACUGGUUAACCAUCUGCUGAUUCUUUGUUGUGAUUGUCUCUGUUAAUCUCACAUCAUUUGCUUCAGAGUAGUAUGGGAUUGCUAUUUUAGUAAGUGAAAAUACUCUUCCGUCUAAUUUACAUAAUAAAGUUAGCAUUCAACUGAU